AUGUCGCAGCUCAUCAGAGACACGGCCUUUGGCCAUGCGGUCAGGUUCCUGUCGCGAGGGAAACUGCUUCGGUAUCAGGAAGAGGAAGACCCGUCGCUGUACACGAAAUUCAUCGACCAGGAGAAGUCUGGCAACUUGGCACACCAUGGUGACACCAACCCUCCAGAUGACGAUGCCUCCGAGAAGGAGAAUGACGACCUAGACAAGCCGGAUCGGCCAACAGCGAAUGGAUGGUCUUCAUCUGAAGCGUCAGGAACUACCGGCAACGAUGCUACCGUUAACGAGGCAUCUGGUGCCAAGAUAGACCAAGAGAAGGGCAAAGAUAUCCAUCUAGUGAGCUGGUGGGGGAAGAACGACCCCGAAAAUCCGCAGAAUUGGUCAACAUUCAAGAAAGUCUUCGUCACUUUCGAGAUCUGCCUUUUGACGACUUCGGUCUACAUUGGCAGCUCGAUCUACUCUGCUGGUACGGCAGAUGUAGUCGCGAUCUUUGGUGUGAGCCAAGUAGCGGCGACAUUGGGCCUCUGCCUGUUCGUCGCAGGUUAUGGUCUUGGCCCCAUGCUCUGGUCGCCAAUGUCUGAGAUCCCUCAGGUGGGCAGGAACCCAAUCUACCUCGGGACUCUAGUGGUUUUCGUGGCUUUGCAGCCAGCUGUCGCCCUAGCUAGCAACUUUGGUAUGCUCUUGGCCUUCCGAUUCAUCACUGGUUUCUUCGGAAGUCCUGUCCUGGCCACUGGUGGUGCAUCGCUGGCUGAUAUCUGGAGCCCGGCGAAGCGUGCGUAUGCCAUGUCUAUCUGGGGUGUUGCAGCCAUCUGUGGACCGACCCUUGGACCUUUGAUCGGUGGCUUUGCUGUUCAGUAUGGUGGUACCAACGGUGUCAUCAAAGCACCCUGGUCUUGGCCCAUCUGGGAGCUGAUGUGGCUAUCCGCAUUCUGCCUCAUCUUCCUGUUCUUCUUCUUCCCAGAGACUUCUGCGAACAAUAUCCUCCUGAGGCGCACACGCCGUCUGCGCAAGCUGACUGGCAACGACAAGCUGAAGUGCGAGCCUGAGCUGAUGUCGGAGCAGAUGACCGGCAGAGACGUUGUCAUGAUGGCUCUCGUGAAGCCGUUCACUUUGAACUUCACAGAGCCCAUGGUGUUCUUGCUUAACCUGUACAUUGCGCUGAUCUACGGCUUGCUGUACAUCUGGUUCGAAUCGUUCGUCAUCGUAUUCAUCGAGAUGUACGGAUUUGGGCUUGGCACAGAAGGGUUGGCAUAUCUGGGUAUUCUCAUUGGCGCCUUUGUGGUGAUUCCACCCUUCUUCUGGUAUCUGCACAAGUAUCUGGAGCCGCGUUUCGACGAGAAUGGCGAGCUUACGCCUGAGCUUCGGUUGAUCCCAUCUUUCUUCGGUGCUUUCUGCAUCCCAAUAUGCCUAUUCUGGUUCGGCUGGUCUGCGCGACCAGACAUCCACUGGAUUAUGCCUAUCAUAGGGUCUGCCUGGUUUUCUGUCGGAGCGUUCCUCCUUUUCAACUCGGUCCUCAACUACCUACCGGACGCGUAUCCUGAGCAUGCAGCCAGUGUCUUGGCUGGCAACGACUUCAUGCGAUCGAGUUUCGGCGCCGGCUUCCCUCUAUUUGCCAGCGCAAUGUUCAACAAUCUUGGCGUAGCUUGGGCAAGCUCAACUCUGGCGUUCAUCUCGAUUGCAUUUAUCCCUAUCCCAUUUGCAUUAUACAAAUACGGCGGUACCCUGCGCAAGAACUACUCGAAGCAUGCACGAAAGGACCUGUAG